UUUUAUUAAAAUCUCUUGAAUAUGGCACAUUUAUCUUAUUAUAACAUUUUAAUAUUUAACAUCCUUCAUCUGACAUAUUGUGAAACUUUUGGAGGCACAAUCUUGACACCUUACAUACAAAAUGGCAGUUAUUCUAUGGCAAGGAAGUUAUCCACAGUUGACUCCAAGAACUUUUUGGGCAUCAAGAGUCAUUCAGGGUUCAUGACGGUGAAAAAGGAAUACGAUUCCAAUAUUUUCUUCUGGUACUUCCCCCACGAGAGGUCGGCAGAGAAGCCAUGGGUAAUUUGGCUGCAGGGAGGACCAGGGUUUUCGUCGCUCGUCGGACUCUUUCAUGGUGUGGGACCUUUGAAGAUUGAGGACUCUAAAGUAAAUCUACAAAAAGGAACGUGGGCAAAUGACUAUUCUCUGCUAUUUGUGGACAAUCCUGUAGGCGCCGGCUUCAGCUAUACGCGCGACGACAGAGGCUAUACGAGUGGGCAAGACGAAAUCGGUGAACAGCUGCUAGAGUUCCUGGUCCAGUUCCUCCAAGUGUUCUCAGAACUGCAGGAUGCGCCCCUAUUCAUCGCAGGGCAGUCUUACUCAGGAAAAUAUGUGCCGACUCUAGGACUCUACAUCCACAGAUACAGGAGUAAAGGGGGACGCAUCAAUUUGAAGGUAUGCAGGAUCAUUGACCACUCUUUUAUCGUGGUAUUGACCUUAGUAAGCAGUGCCAUAAUGCUUCAGAUGGAUAGUUAUUAUAACCUGUAGCACAGGUUAUAGAAGUAGCUUCACGUGUAAAAACAGUUUUAUGUCUUAGAUUAGAUAUUUUAAGUUCACAGAUUAGGAUGUUUUUAGUGUUUUAAGUUUUUUUUUAAUAUUACAUAUUUAAAUAAAUAGUUGCCUAUCG